AGCAGCAGCAGCUGAUUGCAAAAACUUUUGUUCCCGCCUUUAUUUCGUGUUUCAAUGAAAUUUUAUUUAUUUUCAAAAAAAUUGUUAUAAGUAAUGGAUUUGUGAAGUUCCAUGUUACACCUACAAAAGUGGUGAAUUAAACCAUGCGCUCACAAUGGAACAAGAAAAUCGUGUUGUCGUUCUUAUAGAUAUGGAUUGUUUUUAUUGUCAAGUUGAAGAGAAACUUAAUCUAGAUUUGCGUGGUAAACCUAUAGCUGUCGUCCAAUACAACCCUUGGAAAGGAGGAGGUAUAAUAGCUGUGAACUAUGUAGCCCGGGCAAUGGGAGUGAGCAGGCACAUGCGAGGAGACGAAGCCAAGGAGAAAUGCCCUGAAAUCCAAUUGCCAUCUGUGCCCUGCCUGAGGGGUAAAGCAGAUAUUUCAAAGUACAGAGAUGCAGGAAUAGAAGUGGCCAAAGUUUUGCAAAAGUUCACUGCCCUUUUGGAGAGGGCUUCUAUUGAUGAAGCUUAUUUAGACAUCACCAGACCUGUUGAAGAAAGACUGAAGACACUUAACACUAACUUGGUGAAUACAGACAUGUUACCUAAUGCAUAUGCUCUGGGUUAUGACAGUUUGGCAGAGUUUAUCCAGGAUGUUCAUAACUGUGGCGCUGACUCCAUAGAGUUUGAUUAUGAGCAUGCUAAAAGACUUCUAGUGGGCGCGGUGAUUGUCAGUGAAAUAAGAGCUGCUGUAUUUGAAGAAACAGGUUACACAUGUUCAGCAGGCAUCGCACAUAACAAAAUCCUGGCCAAGCUGGUCUGUGGAAUGAACAAGCCAAACAAACAGACAAUUUUACCUAAACACUCCAUUAACAUUUUAUAUAGGACUCUGUCACUUAAGAAGGUAAAGCAUUUGGGCGGAAAAUUUGGAGACACGGUCUGCGAAACUCUGAAAAUCAGUAAAAUGUCAGAGCUACAAAAUUUUACAGAGAAACAGUUACAAACGAAAUUUGAUGAAAAAAAUGGAACGUGGCUCUACAACAUAGCGCGCGGCGUCGACUUAGAGCCAGUCCAAGCUAGAUUUAACGCGAAAAGCAUUGGAUGCUGUAAGCAACUGCGAGGCAAAUCUGCUUUAACAGAUCUUGAUGGCUUGAAGAAGUGGCUCCGUGACUUGGGGGAUGAGAUAGAAGAUAGGUUAGAGAAGGAUGCACUAGAAAACAACAGGACUCCACGUCAGAUGGUCGUCAGUUUCACCACGCAGUUGCCUGACGGCAGGGACUCAGGAAGUUCAAGGUCCUAUAACUUCGCAGUUGACGAUGAACUGUGUGGAGAACUUUUCUGCAGCAAAGCCUUGGAUUUGGUCAUGGAUAGUAUGGAAGGAGUUAAGUUGAAAGAUGGUGAGCCUAAUAGAAAACUAAAAUCUACCAUUAAAUUCUUGGGGAUAAGUGUAGGAAAGUUUGAAGAUAAUUCCGAAAGCAAAAAAAUAAAAAAGAUUAAUGAUUACUUUGGUGCUGGAGCAUCUAAAGACAUGACAGAGAAGAAAAAUAUAACCAGCGAUAAAGGAGACAGUAAAAAAACACUUGCAGAUAAUAGUAAGUCCAAGAAAUUGUGCAAUGGAAAAGAUUAUAUAUUUCAGAAGUUCUUUCACGCCGAUACCAAACCAGCUAAAAAUGAAUUAGUGAUACCAAAAAGAAAUGACGAUAGCACAGAAGCUGUUAAAAAUGAAUCUGUUCUUGCGUCUACAUUGGACAAGCAGGAAUCGUUUUUUGCCAAAUUUUUAAACAAUGGCCUUAAAAGUAAGGAAGAUAUUGAUAAAAGUAAAAUAAAACCUCCAACAACUCCUACUUGCGAAGUUGUUAACUGUGGCGAGAACAGCAACGAUUCCGAUUAUUCUAGUUCCACAAUAAACAAUGAAAUCAAUAAAAGUAUAGCCUUGUUUGAAGAAGACCCAGAAGGUGUAGCGCGCGUUAGCAGUAUGAGAGAACUAUUAAAAACUUCUAAUGCUAUAAAUGAAGACACAUCUGAUCAAUUGGAGGAAGCACGUGAACCACAUAAUGCAGACAAUAAUUCGCGAGGAAAAAGUCUAGAUAAUAUUAGAGGUAACAGCAAUAAUUGUUUAGAAACCUUUGAGUGUCCAGAUUGUAAGAAAAUUUUAACUAUAGACAUGUUUGAAACUCACUCUGAUUAUCAUUUGGCACUCAGACUAAGAGAAGAAGAAAGACAACAGGUUCGAAAUGAAAUAAAAGAAAGAAAAACAGUGGUUAAAAAUGAGAUAGGUAAUUCUAAAAGAUCUGUAGAAAAAUCUGAGGCAACCAGUACAAAGAAACCUGUCGAGAAGUUGAAACAUGACACUACUUCGUCUAUCGCUGGAUUUCUUGUCAAAAUUGAUAACACAGUGCCCACGGAAACAUGUGCGGAAUGUGGCAAAAAAGUUUCAGUCGAAAAAUUCAGUGAACAUAUGGAUUUCCAUGAAGCCCAAAGGUUGAGUAGGAGUUUGAAUAUGAAAUCCACACCGGGUCAUUUUACAAGCAAUAGCGUGAAGAGAAAAAAGAAAUCCCCAGCGUCGCCUAGGAAAAAGAAUAAAAUGCCAUCGUGUAAAUCUAUUGACUCGUUUUUUAAAUCUUGAUGAAAUUUAUUAUGAAAUCAUUUAAAAAUA